AUGUUGAAGCUCGGCGGUGGCGGCGGCGGUGGCGGGCAGGACUGGGCAUGCUCAGUAGCGGGGACAGGUCUGGGAGGCGAGGAAGCCGCGUUUGAAGUCGCGCGGCUGGGGGAUCCGGGGAAGGCGGGCUGCCGGGGCCCCGGCUGGGGGUGCUCUGGUAUCCCCGAUUCCGCGCCGGGAGUGGGCAUGCUCCAGGCCGGCGCCGGGGGGCCGGCGCGCGGGGGGCAGGGCGUGGAGGAGGUUGGAGCGCCGGCGGGAGGAGGGGAGGAGCGCCCGGCUCGCCAUCCCCCGGCGCCGGCUCUGCGGCUGUUGAAUCGGAAGCCGCAAGGAGGAUCCGGGGAAAUAAAGACGCCCGAGAAUGACCUCCAGCGAGGCCGCCUGAGCCGGGCCCCGCGCGCCGCCCCACCAGCCCCUGGCAUGGGCGACCACGGCGGGCAGCCGGAGCGCUCGGCCUCGCAUGCCCCGGGGACUCCUGCCGGCGCUGCAGCCGUGAACGGGGUGCUGCACAACGGCUUCCACCCGCCGCCCAUCCAGCCGCCGCGCCUCUGCAGCCGGAGCCUCCCGGGCGGCGGCGACGCGGCGCCCCCGCGCCUCCCGCUUCAGCCAGAGCUCCAGCCACAGCCGCCGCCCCCUCAGCACGACUCCCCGGCCAAGAAAUGCCGGCUGCGGAGGAGGAUGGACUCGGGGAGGAAGAACAGGCCGCCGUUCCCGUGGUUCGGCAUGGAUAUCGGUGGGACGCUGGUUAAAUUGGUCUACUUUGAACCGAAGGAUAUUACAGCUGAAGAGGAACAAGAGGAAGUGGAGAACCUGAAGAGCAUCAGGAAGUAUUUGACUUCGAACACGGCUUACGGGAAAACCGGGAUCCGAGACGUUCACCUGGAACUGAAAAACUUGACCAUGUGUGGGCGGAAGGGGAACCUGCAUUUCAUCCGCUUUCCCAGCUGCGCGAUGCACAGGUUCAUCCAGAUGGGCAGUGAGAAGAACUUCUCCAGCCUGCACACCACUCUCUGUGCCACGGGAGGCGGGGCUUUUAAGUUCGAAGAGGACUUCAGAACGAUUGCUGACCUUCAGCUCCACAAACUGGACGAACUGGACUGUCUGAUUCAGGGCCUGCUUUACGUUGACUCUGUUGGCUUCAACGGCAAGCCGGAAUGUUACUAUUUUGAAAAUCCCACAAAUCCCGAAUUGUGUCAAAAAAGACCGUACUGUCUGGAUAACCCGUACCCUAUGUUGCUGGUGAACAUGGGCUCAGGUGUCAGCAUCCUAGCAGUGUACUCCAAGGACAACUAUAAAAGAGUUACAGGGACCAGUCUUGGAGGUGGAACAUUCCUAGGCCUAUGUUGCUUGCUGACUGGUUGUGAGACCUUUGAAGAAGCUCUGGAAAUGGCAGCUAAAGGCGACAGCACCAAUGUUGAUAAGCUGGUGAAGGACAUUUACGGAGGAGACUAUGAACGAUUUGGCCUUCAAGGAUCUGCGGUAGCAUCAAGCUUUGGCAACAUGAUGAGUAAGGAAAAGCGAGAUUCCAUCAGCAAGGAAGACCUCGCCCGAGCCACCCUGGUCACCAUCACCAACAACAUUGGCUCCAUUGCUCGGAUGUGUGCAUUGAAUGAGAAUAUUGACAGAGUUGUGUUUGUUGGGAAUUUUCUCAGAAUCAAUAUGGUCUCCAUGAAGCUGCUAGCCUAUGCCAUGGAUUUUUGGUCCAAAGGACAGCUAAAAGCUCUGUUUUUGGAACAUGAGGGUUAUUUUGGAGCUGUUGGGGCACUGCUGGAACUGUUCAAAAUGACUGAUGACCAGUAG